AUGGCUACUCCCUCUGUUACUCUCGCAUCGUUGCAAGAUACAACACAUGACUAUUACAUUCAUCCUAAUGAGAAUCCUUCAUUGGUGCUUGUUUCCCCGAUUCUUGAAGGUCACAAUUAUCAUGGAUGGGCUCGCUCGAUGUCUAUGGCACUACAAAUGAAGAAUAAAUUUGGCUUUGUUGAUGGUUCCAUUCCUUGUCCAGCUGGUACAGAUCCAAUGGUUCAAGCAUGGAAGCGUUGCAAUAAUCUAGUUUUAUCUUGGAUCAAUCAUUCUGUUUCUCAUGAGAUUGCUACAAGUAUUAUUUGGAUUGACUCUGCUGCUACGGCAUGGAAGGAUCUCAAAGAUCGUUUCUCCCAAGGUGAUUCUGUUCGAAUUUCACAAUUGCAUCAAGAUCUUUAUUCAAUGCAUCAAUCUGAUCUAAGUGUUACUGCAUAUUACACUAAAAUGAAGAUUCUCUGGGAUGAACUUUGCAAUUUUCGCCCUAUUCCUGAAUGCCAAUCUUCUGCUUCUUAUCCUUCUCAUGGAUCCCUUGCCUUCUUUACCCAAAAUUUUUUCGAUGAUAAUUCAACAUGA